AUGGAUGGAAGCGGAGAUCCUGAAAGGCAACAAGCCCUCGAACAAUACAAAAACAAAUUACUAGAGUCGCGAGAAUGGGAGUCCAAAUUAAAAUCUUUACGGAUGGGUAUCAAGGGCCUCCAAAAAGAGUUUGAAACUACUGAGGAGAACAUCAAAGCGCUACAAAGUGUUGGGCAAAUUAUUGGCGAAGUCCUCAAACAACUUGACGAUGAAAGAUUCAUUGUCAAAGCAUCCUCGGGUCCUCGAUAUGUCGUCGGCUGCCGGUCCAAGGUUGACAAAACCAAAUUGAAACAAGGCACGCGGGUCGCUCUCGAUAUGACCACUCUCACCAUCAUGCGCAUGCUCCCUCGAGAAGUCGACCCUCUCGUCUACAACAUGUCACUGGAAGAUCCUGGGCAAGUGUCUUUUGCCGGAAUUGGUGGCUUGAAUGAUCAGAUCCGAGAACUGCGUGAAGUUAUUGAGCUUCCUCUCAAGAACCCCGAGCUAUUCUUGCGGGUGGGUAUCAAGCCUCCCAAGGGAGUCUUACUCUACGGACCUCCGGGAACCGGAAAGACGUUAUUGGCAAGAGCGGUGGCUAGCAGCCUAGACACGAAUUUCUUGAAGGUUGUUUCAUCGGCGAUUGUCGAUAAAUACAUUGGCGAGUCGGCCAGAUUGAUUCGAGAAAUGUUCGGUUAUGCCAAAGAACAUGAGCCUUGCAUUAUUUUCAUGGACGAAAUCGAUGCCAUCGGAGGUCGACGGUUCAGUGAAGGCACAUCGGCCGAUCGAGAGAUUCAAAGAACGUUGAUGGAACUCCUGAAUCAGUUGGAUGGUUUCGACUACCUGGGAAAGACCAAAAUUAUCAUGGCUACCAACAGACCUGACACCUUGGACCCGGCACUAUUAAGAGCGGGUAGACUGGACCGAAAGAUCGAAAUCCCCCUGCCUAACGAGGUAGGCAGAUUGGAGAUUUUGAAGAUUCAUGCUGCUGGAGUGGUGACGGAAGGAAAUAUUGACUUCGAAAGCGUGGUCAAGAUGAGUGACGGUCUCAACGGUGCUGACUUGCGCAAUGUGGUUACCGAAGCCGGUUUGUUCGCAAUCAAGGAUUACCGGGAUGCUGUCAACCAGGACGAUUUCAACAAGGCGGUGAGAAAGGUGGCGGAGGCGAAGAAGUUGGAGGGCAAGCUGGAGUAUCAAAAAUUGUAA